GGCCAUUUUCAUUCGAGCCAGGCGCGUCACGCAGCGAAGACCACGCUCGAUAGAUUUAUUUAAGCGUCUUCUUGAUCCUCCGUCGAAGAGGUGGUGAACUUGGUGGUUUACUCUACGUCCGUUUUACUCAUAUUUUGUUCGUAUCGAAGAGUAAUUGAGUGCGCUACGCGCUGCGGUACGCAAAGUGAGACAGUACGGUAAAUUCUUCGAAAUAUAUUCGGCAGAGGAAAUCGGUGCGGUCUGACCGAGGAGCGACCGGCAACGCGAAAGAGGCCAUGGAUCAGAAGUACAGAUCGAUGCCGGGAUUUAAACUGAAAAGUUAAGAUACGGGCUACGUAGUUGGAGAUAUGUUUGGUUUUGGUCAUGACCUGCGAAUGACACGAUAACGGAAUAAAAAUAUUGCGAUAUAUUUAGGAGGGAAAAUUAUCAGAAGCGCGCAACUAUCAUUUGGCAUUGAGUCACUUGUCAGAGAUGAAAAAAAACGGCACGUAACAGUAGCAUAAAAAUUGUGGGAAGGUCUCGAGGUUUCUGGACCGUUUAUCAAGAUGCUGUUGCCAAAAAUGCGAAAAUUAUUCCGCGUCUGGCCCAUUUUAUUAUCAGUAGGGGUAUUGAUCAGCUUGUUCGUGAUCUGGCCACGCCAAUCUGAUCGGUCGAAAAAUCCUCCCUACGAUCCAGACGAUGCUUCCCUGCGACUUCUCGACAGUGAAAAGCGUUACAUGGACAACCGCGGCAUACAAGUAAUCGUGGGUCAUUACAUCGGGGAUUCUGUGGACCCGCUGCAGAGCCCAAACAUUGACCAAGAUUUAUUUUCAGAUCUGUUGAACAAGAACAUGUUUAACCCGCGACCCUACGAGGGUAGGGAUGGCAAUCCGGUGAUGAUACCACCGAAGGACUUCGUCUUGAUGAAGCAGCUCUUCCAGAUCAACAGAUUCAACCUUCUGGCCAGCGAUCGAAUACCGCUCAACAGAUCGCUACCUGACGUGAGGAAAAAAACGUGCAUCGCGCGAUAUUCAGGGUCAAAGCACUUGCCAUCGACCUCAGUCAUCAUAGUAUUCCACAACGAAGCUUGGAGCACAUUGUUAAGGACGGUUCACAGUGUCAUCGGUAGAUCGCCGAGGCAUUUGCUGCACGAGAUAAUUCUUGUAGAUGACUCAAGCAAUCGAGAAUUCCUGGCUGCCCCGCUGGACGAGUAUGUCCGGAACCUUGAGGUACCCACCAGAGUUUUGAGGUCUGGAAAAAGAAUUGGACUUGUGAACGCCAGACUUCUGGGAGCCGGAGACGCGACCGGACAGGUUCUGACGUUCCUCGAUGCCCAUUGCGAAUGCACCGUUGGUUGGCUUGAACCGCUAUUGGACGCUGUCGCUCAGAAUAGAACGAGAAUCGUUUCACCUGUCAUCGACAUCAUUAACGAUGACACGUUCAGUUACACGAGAUCGUUCGAGCUUCACUGGGGUGCCUUUAACUGGGAUUUGCAUUUCCGAUGGCUGACAUUUGGUGGCUCAAAGCUGGAACAACGUCGCGGUGACAUGGUGGCCCCUUUCAAAACCCCGGCAAUGGCCGGAGGACUCUUCUCCAUGAACAGAGAGUACUUCUUUGAGUUGGGCGGUUACGAUGAUCAAAUGCAAAUUUGGGGCGGAGAGAACCUCGAGUUGUCUUUCAGGGCCUGGCAGUGCGGUGGCAGCGUUGAGAUCGCACCUUGUUCCCACGUUGGUCAUUUAUUCCGAAAAUCUUCUCCGUACACAUUUCCAGGAGGUGUUGGCGAUAUAUUGUACUCAAAUUUAGCACGGGUCGCCCUCGUUUGGAUGGACGAGUGGGCCGAGUUUUACUUCAAGUUCAACCCCGCGGCGGAACGACUCAGGGACAAGCAGCAGAUCAGAGGACGACUGGCAGUACGUGAACGACUACAGUGCAAAGGCUUUGAAUGGUACCUGGACAAUGUGUGGCCACAACACUUCUUCCCGAAGGAUGAUCGAUUUUUCGGAAAGAUAAUUCACGCCGUCACUGGAGACUGCCUGAUGCGUCCUGUAACCAAGGGUACCUACACCCAGCCCUUUGGUAACGCUGAUAUGGAACCGUGCAUCUCGCCACCCCAACUUAGCCAAAUGUUCGUGAUGACGUCUGAUGGUGUUAUCGUCACAGACGAAAGUGUAUGCCUCGAUGCUCCGGAGCGUGAUACUCGUCACGAGAAACCAAAGGUCAAAAUUAUGGCGUGUAGUGGUCUUCGAAGGCAAAAGUGGCAAUACGAUGCUAAGAGAAAGACCCUGGUCCAUCUUGGCUCUAAAAUGUGUCUUCAAUUGAGUCUGAAGAAGUCAGACGGUUUAGUCAUCGCGACCUGCAACAGAAGCGCUGAGCAGCAAUGGGAGCUGGAAGCGGUACCUUGGAAGUAAAUUCCGUCCUUUUCAUGCGCGAGAACAAAUUUUUGUAGAUAAUAUUCUUAUUUACGUUUGUACAAUAUUUACAACUUUUAUCAGCACCUGUGUA